AUGUGCGAGCGACGAAGCUCAUGUGUGCGGGUGCUGCCCCGAAGGCUUCUCGUUUUGCUCUGGUGCUUCGUGUACCUAUGUGACGCACUGCAGCCCGCAGAGAGUGAAAAAGUUGAUUCCAAGGCACUUUUCGACCAGGUUGGAACGACACUUGUGUCUAUAGAGCGGGUUCAACGCAAUCACUUACGCACAGAGUACGGCUCUGUGCUGCAGCACUGCAAGGUGACCCUAAAGACGCUGGAUAACUUUUGCAGGCGAUCGUAUGUAGCUUGUAACCAGACGCGCACGUGUGCGGAGCAAUUAGAACCUUGGAAGGCCCGCGUUCAUGAUUUAAGCGUGAACCUAGAACGGCUGACAAGCGAGAGAAUUCGCGAGCGCGAAGCUCACGCGGUUCGCGUGCGCGAGCUCGAGGCGAAACUUUCCGCAGCGCGCCAGACAACCGUCAAUAGUAUCGAUGAACAGCGCUUGAUGCGAACAAGCGGCACCGCUGCUCUGUUCGGCAACAAAUGGAUGCCCACGGUCGGCAAUAGGCUCCAUUUGCCAGCCGUGCUGCUCCUCGUCAGCUUCGGCUACCUGCUAUGCGUAUUUGUAGGAAGGGCAUCGUCGUGGCUUCGUUACCAGAGAUCCUGUGCUGUUGUUGGUCAUUUCCGAGCACGAAACAGUACCCGCUUCGACGCUGCGUUUCGCUGGGUUCGAGCCGUGGAUUUGUUGUGUGCGGGCCUUUUUUUGAUGGCCGUGUUCUUCCCAGGACCGAUCGCGCGAACGAUGAUGGAGUCUGAACGAUCCUUGCCGCUGUGGAGCUCCCUGUGCUACUGGGCACAAUGCAUCGCAUGCGUAUCCGGAACGUCUUUGAAUGCAUUCGUCUUAUUUUCCGUGUUUUGGAGGGCACGAUCUGUUGGGGCACUUUCAGCCUUCAUUUCUCUCUGUCUCGUUCGGAGCAUUCACCUUGUUGCAUCUGUCAGUGUCUUAUACCAUUCCAGCUUCCACUGGCGCAUGCCAGCGACGACCGGUCUCUUCAAUACCACCGUUGAAGCAGCACAUUCGUAUGACAUGAUGACGCAUCGCUUGCGGAUCUACUUUCUCACGUAUGGUUUCAUUUUCAUGUUGAUGGCGUGGGACACGCACCAGCAACUCACCGAUCAUGCACCGCUCAGAGCAGCAGUGCUCACUGUCGAACGUGUACGUCGACUUUCGAAGAGCCGUCGGCCACGAGCCGCCCCCGAGAAAGCGUUAUGCUAUCGAUCCCUUGUAUCUAGUCCCAGAAGAGGCAUGCAGCCAUCCCUGGAGUCAGGGUCGUCCAGAUCAUUUUCAACUCUUGAGUCUGGCGACUGGAAGACGCCGCCCUUGCGCCGCGUCGUUGCUGAAAAGCGAACUUGCGCGCGAACGGUUGUAAGUACACCAGACUGA